AUGAAAAUCAAAGAAUGGCUUUUAGAUAAUGAUAAAAGAAAAAAAGUCAUUACUUUUAUUUACAGACUAGCCCUAAAAAAAUAACCAUUUCAUUCUAAUAGACUUAGAGAAUAAAUUGAUAAAUGCAAAUUUUCAGAUGAUAUACAACAUAUUUGGAAUCAAUUUGAUACUUUAAGAGCUUACUAUAAAUUAUUGCUAAAUUAAUCCUAGUUUGCAAAUUAAGUAAAAUUAAUCAGAAUUAUUCAUGAAAAUACAAUGUUUCAUAAUAAACCAGAACUAGUUGCAAUAGAAAGAAUAAAAAAAGAAAAAUAGUUUAAAUUGCUAAAUGAAAAUGAUUAAUUCUUUAUUCUUGACUUAUUAAAUAAUGCAAUUAAAAAUAACAAUGAUCAAAAUAGAUAAAGAUAUCCAACUUUACUCCAUUAUAUUAAUGAUAAAAAUAGCGAAAGUAAUAUCAAGAUUUUUACUAUUUAAAGAAUACGAUCAAAAAUAUACACCACCAUUACCUUAAUGUGUUGAAUGCUAAAAUUUAACGUAUUUGUAAGCCUACCAAUAUUUAUAAAAUAAAGAUUUAUAAAAGUAAUCAAUUAAGAAAAUUUGA